AAAAUCAACACAUCCCCCAAAUUAUUUCUUUGUCUCAAAACCAAAAACUUCUCACAAAAUCUGCCAGAGAAAGAGGUUACGGUGCAGAGGAGAGAGAGAGAUUGAGGCGGUGGCGGAGGUGGUGGCGGAGACACGCCGGCCUUCUUCCUCAGCUUGCUAGAGUUCUGCUACUGCGUUCAUACCCUCUAUUAUUCGACAGUUAUUACAUUAACAUGUUCUCCCGUUUUAAAACAGUAGGUGGUCCGCGGUGGUCCGCGGUGGUUCACGGUGGAGCUUAGGUUUCCACCAAUCGUCUCUCUUGGCGGCGGCUCUGCCAUUGUUUGCCACAUUAGCGGUGAUGUUGCCGGAAUUAGUCGCCGGUAAACGGUACAUCGUGGGAGGAAACAUGGGCUGGACCACCAAUUACAACUACACUCUUUGGGCCGCAAACCAAACAUUCUACUGUGGUGACUGGCUCUGAAGUCCUACGAGACAGAAGCAGAGUACAGGAGAUGGUUCGGCUAUUUGAUUCAGUAGUUCGUGUCAUAGAUGGAUAUGCUACAGAGCAUGUCUCAAUGAGAGUUGAUUUAGAGUGUUCAGGUAGACGGCAAACAAUUGGCGUUUUCAGUCAUAAAAGACUCUCUAUAUCAGUUGGUUAUUCAACAGCUACAUUUGCUCUUGCUGUUCUUGAGGGCAAUACACAACCGGGCGUAUGGUUUCCAGAAGAGCCGCCGCCGACAACAACCGCCACCUGUCACCACCCAACCAUGACGGAUCCCGGUAUCAUACUCUUUGGCCAGAAGAUUGGCAUGCCGGAAACCACCACUCUUCCGCCCAUCGCCGUCGUGCCGGAAGAUCUUGCAGAGAAACCUUGUUCAUCAUCAGAAAGACUCUUUACACCACAUGAAAAUGAUGAAUUGGAUGACAAUCCCAAAACUCCUUCAAUAGAUGAAGAUGUUAUGUCAGAAAACCCUCAGUCAACUGAUGGUGAGACCAUGAAUUUGCAACCUGGAAGUUUGAAAAAACCAGACAAGAUUCUACCCUGCCCACGUUGUGACAGCAUGAACACAAAGUUUUGUUACUUCAACAAUUCAAACGUUAACCAGCCUCGCCAUUUUUGCAAAAGCUGUCAGAGAUACUGGACUGCUGGAGGCACUAUGAGAAACAUGCCCGUCGGAGCCGGUCGCAGGAAGAAAAAGGCUCCACCGUCGCAUUGUCGUUACAUUAUUUCUCAAGAAGCUUUUGAAUCAGCAACAACAAAACAUAUUGAGUUUGCUGCUGAUGGCGGAAAUUCACCAAAAGUGCUUUCUUUCGUUCAAAAUCCACCCCAUUUUGGAGCUAGUUUAAGCGGUAAAGAAAACCGAAACGACUGCUCUUCCAAUUCAGUAGCUGAGAAACCGCAAGAAAGCAACGGAUUCCAUUCGGUUCACUGGAUUCCAGGGGGGUCAUGGCCUUAUAACCCAUGGAACACACCUAUACCGAUUCAAUUUCCAUCAAUUUGCCCUCCGAUUCCAGUAUACCCUUCACCUUACUGGAACACUGUUUCUUGGUUACCUCCAUCCGGUUCAAUUUUGGGAAAACGUUCAUCAGAUGACGAACCAAUAACACCAAACGGGUCAAACGAAGAGUCAAAGAAACAGAGGAAUACGGUCCUGAUUCCGAAGACGCUUAGAAUAGACGAUCCAGAUGAAGCUGCAAAGAGUUCGAUAUGGGCAACACUUGGAAUCAAGAACGAACACAGCGGAAGAAGUGAUCUAUUCAAGGCGUUUCAAUCAAAAGGCGAUGAAAAGAAGAAAACUACAGCCACCGAACCGUGCCCAGUGUUACAGGCGAAUCCUGCUGCUUUGUCUAGAUCAGUUUGCUUUCAAGAAAGGGCCUAAAGUAGCUAUAAGCUUAAAAAAGGCACUGUAAAUACAAUGUAAGAAAUAGCGAAUUACAGGACUAAUAGUGUUUCUUUUGUAUAGUUUUAGAUGUCCAGAUUUUUGUAAACUUUCUGCAAUUACUUUCCUGCAAUAACAGUUGUCGUAGCUACCAUUAACGUUAA